AUACGAGAGGAAGGUAGUGAAGGCAGCUGUGUCAAACACGACCCUUGUAUGAACGGUGGCAGGUGUUACACAGGUGACCAGGGUCCUCUGUGUGACUGCUCCCUAGUCGACUAUGAAGGUCCUUACUGUGAGAAAGAACGUCAAGUAGAAGAAAUCACCUUCAGAGGCCGGGAAUACCUGUGGUGGGACCUGCGGAGGACAGGAGGCCAGCCUCUAUCCUCCCAGAGCGACCAACUAUCCUUCUCCUUCAAGACCAGACAUCCAGCUGGAGUCCUAUUCUUCUCAGGAGAUGGUAAGGACUAUGUGAACAUGGCCCUAAGGGAAGGGGGAGUUCUAGUGACCCUUGACAUGGGGGGUGACCCCCUUAAGGUCACAGUGAGACCUGACAACGUGCGGUUUGAUGACAAUCAGUGGCACACCGUCAGCAUACACCGGGCAGUCAAGGAGAUUAACGGACAUACCAGCUUCUGUUCUCUGUCAGUAUCAGUGGAUGGGCUCUACACCCGGAAGGGCACCACAGCUGGUCCCUUCUCCCAGCUGAGCUCCUCCAGGCUCCAUCUGGGAGGAGCUGAUGUCCCAGCUCUGCUUCCUGGAGCUGAGACAAGGUCAAACUUUGUUGGGUGUAUGAAGAAGGUUGAAUACCGAGCUGACAGUGUGCGCCUGGACCUGAUAAGGACUGGUCGUCAGGGUAGUCCACUCCUCCACGUCAAGGGCAAAGUGGACUAUAUGUGCCUGGAAGUGGAAGCUGGCGACCCUGUCUCUUAUACCACACAAGAAUCUUACUUGGAUGGUCCAGAGAACGGAGUAGUUAAAUUCACUCGACCCGACACUUCACUGGUGUUACCAUCAUGGGAGGCAGCACGACAGGGCUCUGUGAGCUUCAAAAUGCGGACAACAGAGCCCAAUGGACUCCUCAUGUUCAACUCUGGUUUCAAGGCUGAUCAGGGUGAUUUCUUUGCAUUGGAGUUGCUGGAGGGUCACUUGUACUUGCACCUAAACCUUGGGUCAGGAUCCCGACGAGUCAAAGCCACCAAUAGGAGGGUGGAUGAUGGCUGGUGGCAUGAAGUGACUCUCAACAGAGAUGGCCAGGCAGGCAGGAUCACUGUGGACGAGGGUGCUAAUGACUUCACUACACCUGGAGAGUCUCAUCGCCUGGAUCUUGAUGGCGCACUUUACGUAGGCGGGGUAAACACAGGUGUGGUGGUGCCCCCUGAGCUCUGGACAGGAAGACUUGGUCUGGGCUAUGUGGGUUGUCUGAGAGACCUGGUCAUCAAUGGGCUGCCGGCAGACCUUGCAUCGUAUGCCAAAAAACAGGAUUCUGGUUCCAUCGUUAGUUUCUGCCACAGUGAUGGAGGAUCUUGUUCUUCCUCACCAUGUAUGCAUGGAGGUACCUGCAGGGAGGGCUGGGGACGGUUCAUCUGUGACUGUUCCCACACAGCGUUUGUGGGUCCAACCUGCGGCAAAGAUGCAGCAACCCUGAGUUUCGAUGGGUCUCAGUAUGUGAGGAUGUUCUCUGACCAGGAGUCCAGCACACAGGCAGAGGAUAUAAACUUCAGGUUCCGCACUAAUCGACCAGUGGGACUCCUCCUGGCCACCACAUCUGCUCAGUCUUCUGAUAAACUGGAACUUGCUCUCCAGUCUGGCAAACUUCGACUAACUGUCAAACUUGGCGAUAGGGACAAGCUGUCAAUAUCCUUGGAGUUCCAGUCUGUGGACCCAUGCUUCUCUAGUUUUUUGCUUACUGCCCACACCAUGGGUAUGGCAGGACACGACUUCCUGGCGCUGGAACUGGUCAACGGCCACGUGCAUCUGGUCUUCAACCUGGGUGACCGGCCAGUGCGAGUAAGGGACAACAAUAAAAUGGCUCUCAAUGAUAACAAGUGGCAUGUGAUCACUGGUCAGUCGACUUCCUCCCUCCAGCACACUCUUAUGGUCGAUGACAACAUUGCCACUGUCACCAAUGGUGGCAGCAGUGACAACCUUGACCUUCAAGGCUUUCUCUACCUAGGUGGUGUUCCUCCGGAGAUGUAUACUAGGCUGCCUCGCCAUGUUGUAUCACGCUCAGGAUUUGAGGGAUGCAUGGCAUCCCUUGACCUUAAUGGUGAAGCCCCUGACCCUGCAGGGCAAGGAAGUUACCAUCAUGGCCAGGGCCAUGUCUACCAUGGUCUGCGAAGGUUGAGGUGUAACAUCUUCGUGGUAUACAACAUGGGCACUGAAGACCAUCCCAUUGGUGAGGUCAUGUCACGAGUCAAUGACGGCUUGUAUCACGUGGUUCGUUUUAUCCGCUCUGGCCCCAAUGCAACAGUCCAAAUAGACGAUUAUGAAAUCCGUGAGAAGAACCCUUCAGAGAAUGUUGAGCAUUCAGACCACAGGGUCUUGAAGAAACUCAGGUCUGGGAUUUGGCAUGGUCACCAGUUGUCUGUAUUCAACGCUCAGGCCAAGCUGCAAGUUGGUGGACGCAGAACUAAGCGCUCAAAAUCAAUUGAGAGACCUUUCCAGGGUGUGAUGUCUGGUUUGGUGCUGAACGGUGAACGACCCCUUGACCUGGCAGCUGAACGGGACCCCAGGGUCAAUGUGAAUGGGGAUGUGCACUUGCUGAUGACCCUUCCCCAUGGGUUACCAACACAGGGAGGCUCCGGGGAAUUUAACCCAUGGCAACAGACUCGACCCAUGCCAGGACCCUCACCUGGCGAGGGAGACGACCUGGUGUUCAGUGGUGCUGGUUCUGGUUGUGACAUGGAUGAUGAAGAUGAGUGCAUACCUGUCUUUGAUACUGGCUCAGGCGAUGACCUUAUAACGCCUGUGUACAUCCCACCGACACUGCCACCAAUGACCAAACCUUCACCCAAGCCACAUAUACCAGACCGCGAUGUUGGCAUUGGUGUUCGACCUUGUGACGAUGAGGAGGACUGUUAUACUGGGUCAGGCUCGGGAGAGUUCAACACCGAAGGUGGAGUUAUUACUGAGAUUGAUAAUGGUGACGAUAUAGAUAUUGAAUUCCCUGCGACUCACCACCCCAUGGUUGCUCCAGGUGUGAUCCACUCUGAGGAGCACGACCCAUCUAGCAACGGUUCAGGACCUCCUAGGAAGGACCCUGGCUCUGGUCCUACCACCACCACCACCACAACCACAACUACCACAACCACCACCCAGACGCCGAGGACACGACAACGACCCAGAACUACCACGGCUACCCCCGUCGCCCCUCCCUCGCGACCGCAAGAACCUCCCUUCACGGUGACCGACUACGAAUACGAGUACCCAUACCCAGAGGUGGAGUUCAACAACAAGAAGAAAUCUAGUGUUAAAGAGGACCCGUUGGACCAGAUUCACAGUGAAGCUGCUGGGAGUGUUGCCCUUAUUAUCAGCAUUAUUGCAGGGGCCCUCAUCAUUGUUAUACUCAUCAUUCUACUUAUACUCAAAUUUAAGGGACGCCAAGAUGGCGCUUACAAAGUAGAUGAGAGUAAAAACUAUGAAGGCAUUCCUACCAUGCCGACUCCCAUGAUCAAUGGCCAAGGAAAUGGCACCAUAAAACCAGGUGAUCGAAGGCCUGUUAAGAAACAAAGUAAGGAUAUCAAAGAGUGGUAUGUGUGAGUGUUAAACAUUUUUAUUGAGAGAAAAUUAUAUCAUGUAAAGUCUCAAAAUUACGACUGUGAUCUCUAUUCUUUCUGCAAUAUCUUUAACAUGAUAGAAAUAUAUAUAUAUAUAUGCUCCCUAUCAGUCUUGUGCUAAUAUGUUAGUUCAUGACUAAGUUGCUAUCCCUAUUCAACCAUAAAGAAGAAUAACUAUGACAAAUUUUUCUACUGAGGAACUUAUAAUAAGUUACCACUUCAGAGACUGAACUUUAGAAAAAUGGAGUUGUGUAUUAGGUCAAUGUUCAUGGGUGUCCGCUGGAACUUUCCCCAAGGGAAGUAAGGUUUCCAGGCAGGGGCGGUGUCAAGAAAGGGGGGCUUCAGCCCCCAAAAUACUCUCAGCCCCCUAAUUUAAAUAACUGCUUCAAAACAAGUCUCCAAGCCCCUCCUUCCAAGCAGAUAGCCCCCCUAUAUAAAAAUUCUGGCACCACCCCAGCUUUCAGGGAAGGGCAGAGGGAUAAGCGAGCCAUCAGUGUGAUGAAAAAUCUACUGUAUAAUAUAGAAAAUUUGUUGGAGACACACGAGCAGACAUUUAUGGAGGAAAGAAGGUCCCAAGACCUAAACAUUUCCAUAAUAAAAUUGCCCGAAAUGUUUACUGGCGUGUCUUGAAGCAUAAGUCAUCAGCAUGGCCGCCUUUCCUGAACACAGACCCCGAUAGGGGGGAGGGGGUUAAAAUUACCUGCCUAUUUUUUGGCCUCCCUAACAGAUGCUCAUGACUGCGUAUCAGAGUCCAUGAAUGCUGUUGCUUCAAUAAGAUUCAAUUUUUUGUAAGUACCUAUUGAUUGUAGGUGCAUAGACUAGCCAAGAGUGUGAGACAUAGCGUAAGUGUAUGUCUGAAUGUUGGUGCAAAUGAGAACAGACUUAACUAGAUUUCUCUGAA